AACGUCACCUCUCACAUCAGUCAUGACCUGCCCCACCAGCAGAUUACAUCUCCUGGUGCUCCUGGUGUUCCUGAGCGAGAGCUGCUCCGCCGUCUCCAAUGACGCCACAGAGUCACUCGACGCUCCCCUGGUCCACAUCGUCCAGGAAGAAGGAACUGGUGAAACUGGGAACCAGGCCAGGAAUGGUGGAAAACAGCAGUCUGGACCCUUGAACAAUGGCCCGGACCAGAGCCAGGUAGGCUGCAGAGAGCUGAGGUCCACCAAGUACAUAUCAGACGGCCAGUGCACCAGCAUCAACCCCAUCAAGGAACUGGUUUGCGCUGGGGAGUGUCUGCCGGCUCACCUGCUUCCCAACUGGAUCGGUGGCGGCUACACCGGAAGGUACUGGAGCCGCAGAGAAGCCCAACAAUGGCGCUGUGUCAUUGACCGAACCCGAACUCAACGCAUCUGGCUCCAGUGUCAGGACGGCAGCACCAGGACCUACAAGAUAACCGUGGUGACCUCCUGCAAGUGCAAACGCUACACCAGAGACCUGAAUGACUCGGGACACAAGGAGGCUUUGGUCCAAGGUGGCAAACAGAAGAGAAAACACAGGAGGGACCAAGUCCCGGAGGAGAACCCUGGGAGUACAUCAGACAACUAAAAGCCACGCGGUUUCAUAGGAAAACCUCCUGACUGCCACCCGUGUCGCCAUCUUUAAAAUGGACUGUAUAUAACACAUAAGUUGACGUAAAUAUUAUUCCGCUAGACGACUAGCAUUGUUGUAUGUUAGCUAAAUAAGCUACUCAGUACUAAAGGUUUAAUAAAGUUAUUGGAUCUAGAGUGAUAUCGUUAAGCAAAAGAGUGUAAAAAUAAAAAAAAAAUGGAGUGCAUACAAGCGUAUUUGGUAAUGGCAAUGGUAAUAUUUCAUUUGAACAUGCAUCAUUGAAUGCAUCACAUAAUCAGUUCCCAGUUCCACAUGUCCGAAAGGAGUAGGAAGAAGCAAAGCUCAUUAAAUCCUACCCCUCCAUCUGGUACUUUUACAAUCAGUAACUGUUACAUUUGUUCACUUCCUGCUUUCCUAAUAUAGUAUAAGUUGGUUUUUUUUGUUUGUUUUGUUUUUUGUUUUUGUUUUAUUUUUUUAAAUUUUUAAAUUUAAAAAAUUUAAAAUUUUUAAAUUUAAAAAUUGUAAAAAAUUAAAAUAUUUAAAACUUUAAAAUAUUUAAAAAUUUAAAAUUUUUACGACUAUUUUUAUUUAUUUUUAUUUGUACCCCUGUUUCCUCCCACAUUCUAAAAACAUGCUAGGUUAAUUGGAUACUCCAAAUUGUCCAUAGGUAUGAAUGUGAGUGUGAAUGGUUGUUUGUCUAUAUGUGCCCUGUGAUUGGCUGGCGACCAGUCUAGCGUGUACCCCGCCUUACGCCCGAAGACAGCUGGGAUAGGCUCCAGCACCCCCCGCGACCCUCGUGAGGAAAAGCGGUAGAAAAUGAAUGAAUGAAUUUAAAAAUGUAAACAUUUAAAAAAUUUAAAUUUUUACGACUAUUUUUAUUUAUUUUUAUUUGUACCCCUGUUCCCUCCCACAUUCUAAAAACAUGCUAGGUUAAUUGGUAAUGGUAAUAUUUCAUUUGAACAUGCAUCAGAUUACAAUUGAAUGCAUCCCAUAAUCAGUUCCCAGUUCCACAUGUCCAAAAGGAGUAGGAAGAAGCAAAGCUUAUUAAAUCCUACCCCUCCAUCUGGUACUUUUACAAUCAGUGACUGUUACAUUUGUUCACUUCCUGCUUUCCUAGGCCGAGAUUGAAAAUUUCCACUUAUGUUUUGUUCUGAGGGCUGCACGGCGGUCGAGUGGUUAGCGCACAGCUAGGAGACAUGAGUUCAAUUCCACCCUCGGCCAUCUCUGUGUGGAGUUUGCAUGUUCUCCCCGUACAUGCGUGGGUUUACUCCCACAUUCCAAAAACAUGCUAGGUUAAUUAGCCACUCCAAAUUGUCCAUAGGUAUGAAUGUGAGUGUGAAUGGUUGUUUGUCUAUAUGUGCCCUGUGAUUGGCUGGCCACCAGUCCAGGGUGUACCCCGCCUCUCGCCCGAAGACAGCUGGGAUAGGCUCCAGCAUCCCCUGUGACCCUCGUGAGAAUAAGCGGUAGAAAAUAAACGAAUGUUUUGUUUUGCUGCUGUCCAAAAGUCUUAAAAAGAA